GGGGAAGCUGCUGUUGCUGCAUUCCGGAACAACUGUCCUGAGGUAAAUUCUCGGCUUUUAAUUGGGGCCUACUGAAUAAAAGCCGGGCUAAUUAUUAACUGCUGUACCUUGGCUCCAGCUUUAAGUGUGAAUGUCAAUGCCAAGGGACCUGAUUGAGAGAAGUUGCUGAACCCAACAACCGAAGGUGUAAAAUUACAAAUGAGUCCGUCCUCCAGGUUCACAGUGGAAAGCCAUGCUCAUAGGAAGUACAGGGCUUGUACUUGCUGCUGUCUAUCAGUGUCACUGAGAUGAGGAAGUGAGGUGAGAGCUGAGCUGCUACGACUCUGAGUAGCAAUUUAGUGACUGGAAUACCAACUGCAAAACUGAUAGUAGUCUAAACAUUAAAUUGGAGACCUGCAGUCAAUGCCUGACAGAUGGUGCUCCGAUUCUCCAACUGAAAACAAAAUGAUGAAAGACCAGGAGGAAGAGGAAUUCAUCACUGUGCGAGUGCAGGAUCCAAGAAUCCAAGACCAGAGUUCCUGGAGUCCUUACGUGGAUUAUAAAAUAUUCCUUUAUACAAACAGUAAAGCUUUUACUGUAAAGACCUCCUGUGUGCGAAGACGGUAUCGUGAAUUUGUGUGGCUGAGGCGCAGGCUCCAGAAGAAUGCUGGAUUGGUACCUCUACCAGAGCUUCCAGGCAAGAAACCAUUUUUCCAAGUUAACGACAGUGAAGGUAUAGAGAGAAGACGACAAGGUUUGCAGCAGUUUCUGGAAAAGGUUCUCCACACGAUGGUCUUUCUGUCCGACAGUCAACUCCACCUCUUCCUGCAGACUCAGCUGCCCACAGCACAGAUUGAGUGUUGUGUCCAGGGGCAAACUCCAUUCUCUGUCAACGAGGCCAUCCUGGAUAAUGCCAUGUGCAGAAAGAGUGUUCUGCUCAGAGAGGGUGCAGAGGCUAUUGGCUACGAGUGUGAAAGCUCACCCUCUCACAUUUUGGCGAGUGACAUCAAAACCAGCACCGAAAUCCCUGCAACACCGGAAGAGCCAGCGGCCUCAGACAGAAUAUGAGGACCAAGUCGGAAUGAUAUAUUGUGUAUUAUUUUGAAAUUACCCAGGUCCUUUGCAUGCAAUGAUGUCCUAUCACUUAAAUGAGUUAAAAUACUGAAGGGAUUGAACACAGUCUAAUAUGUAGCUGUGAUCCUCGGCUAUGUGAUACCGAAAUAUUGGACUGUCGCCUUGCGAAAGCAAUUUUGAAUUGAUUGACAUUUACUGCUUAUUUCGGUAACAGGGUAGCAAAAUAGAUUAGAGAAGGAAUUCCCAGCAAAUUCAAAAAUGCUUUUUAAUGGGGGAUAUUUGUGGACUGUCUGUGAUGGGUGUUGCUUGGAAGUAGAGACUGUGAGCUGGAUGCCUCAUCGUCCCAUGAGGGAGAUAUUAUGCCUUUGUUACCUCCAGACCCAACUAUUCCAGUGGUUCCUGGUCAGCCUCCAACUUUCCUUACACCUCAUCCAAAUGUCUGCUGCCUGUACCCUAAUUUAUACAAAGUCCCGUUCACCCAUCACCUCCUGUGCUUGCUGACCUACAUUGACACCCCAGUCCAGUGAUGUUUUGAUUUUAAAAUUCUCUACCUUGUUUUCAAAUCCCAUAAGACCAUAAGAUAUAGGAGCAGAAAUUAGGCCAUUCGGCUCAUCGAGUCUGCUCUGCCAUUCAGUCAUGGCUGAUAAGUUUCUCAACCCCAUUCUCCCGCCUUCUCCCCGUAACCUUUGAUCCUCUUACCAAUCAAGAACCUAUCUAUCUCAGUCUUAAACACACUCAAUGACCUGGCCUCCACAGCCUUCUGUGGCAAUGAAUUCCAUAGAUUCACCACUCUGGCUAAAGAAGUUUCACCUCAUCUCUGUUCUAAAAGGUCUUCCCUUUACUCUGAGGCUGUGUCCUCAGGUCCUAGUCUCUGCUACUAAUGGAAACAUCUUCCCCACGUCCACUCUAUCCAGGCCUUUCACUAUUCUCACUCCUUCCUCUCUCUGUAAUCACCUCCAGCCUUCCAACCCUCCGAGAUCUCUGCAUCCUGGCCUCUUACCCAACCACUAGUUUUCAUUGCUUCACUAUUGGCAGCCAUUCUUCAGCUGCCUUGGCCCGGAGCUCUGGAAUUCCCUCCCUAAACUCUCCGCCUCUCUAUCUCUCCCUCCUUCUCUAAGACACUCCAUAAAACUACCUCUUUGACCAAGUUUUUGGUCAUCUGACCUAAUAUCUCUUUAAGCGGCUCUGUUGUCAAAUUUUGUCUGAUGACGUUCCCUUGAAGCACCUUGCGAUGUUUUACAAUGUUAAAGGUGCUGUAUAAAUGCAAGUGUUUGCUGUACAGAGAAGCUACAUUGUGCAUAUGCACAGAGAAUGCUUAAGUCCUGUUAAAUGGUUGAGUCACCUGUGUGGGUGUGUGUGGAGCAGAGCAAUAUUUGUUUCACAAAUCAAUUUUUGUAAUGGUCAGCUCAAUUCUUGCCCAUUAGGAUUGAUAGGACCGUGGAUUGAGGAAAAUGGCAGAGGGGAAUUUAGAGACAAAUGUCCUACCCUCAUUCCCACAAGCGUCAUUAAAUCUCCAUGACUGAAGGGUGAUGGCGACAUCAAUGACACCAGGGAAGGUGAUUUUUCUGCUUGUAAAUCACAUUGUGGCUGUGUGCAAAAGUUGUGAUGCUCCUAACUGGAAGAGGUCUGACCUUGUGGGGUAACUUGUUCCUGAAGAAUAAAAUGGCAUCAAAGAAUUACCUGCUUUACAAAGAGGGUGCACACACAACAGCCAGAAAUCAGGCCAGUAGAAGGAAAAUGGAAGACUUAUUGUCAAAAAGCCAAAGAAGAGUACCCACUAUUGUAACGUAGUAAACUGGAGCCAACUCGCACACAACAAGGUCCCACAUGCAGCAUUCUGAUAAUUAUGUUUUAAUGAUGUUAGUUGAGGGAUAAGUAUUGGCCCAGGACAGUCUGCCUUUCUUUCUCGAUGGGACCCUGGAUUAUAUGUUCUCCUCUGAAAGAUGACGACUCUGACAGUACGGAACUCCCUCAGUACUGACACUGGGAAUCUCAGCUUGCAUUUUGUGCUUAAAUCCAUGGAGUAGAGCUUGAACCCACAAUAACCUUCUGACUCAGAAGUGAGAGGGUGAUUCACUGAGCCGCAGCUGGUAAGUUGUGAAGCUUUGUAAAGUGGGCAUGGUGGGGUUUCUGAGAGGUCUCGUUUCACUCCCCUUCCCUCCCCACUUCAAUUGUAUAGACUAAUGAAAAUGACUGGAGAUGUAAACAGAGGUCACAAAUGGAGACCCAGUUUUGAUGCUGAUUUUUAGUUUAAAAAAAGGGGACCAGCAGAUUGCAGUGCAGUCUGUAGCAAACUAAAAAUAUACAGAAGCCCCAUAAAAAGGCCACAGCUUUCACUGACAGGGUAUAACCAGUAUAGUUCAGUUGCAACCAGGUCUCUAGAAAUAACAAAUUAGGUAAAAAUGCUGUUUGUGUAUUUUGUUUCAGAGAUUGAAAACAUGUCUGCUAAUUAAAUAAAGUGAAUGCACACAAUUAUUUAACACAG